AUGAGUUCCUCCGAGGAUGAGGGGGAAUACAAUGACCCCAUCGACUUUAAAAAGCAAAUGAAAGCUCUCAAGAAACGCGAAAAAGAGCUUACGCGAAAAGCCGACAAUAUAGAAAGCAUGAUGAAGAUAUUUACCCAAACUCUCGCAGGCAGUAGACCUCCUCCUACUUUUACAUCUACCGGACAGCCCGAACAUGUGCCUCUUUGGUCUCCAGAAGCGCUAAGAGAUAUUCCCUCCGCUUCGUCAAUGCCAAGCGCAUUUACCUAUCCAUCCAACACGCCGUACUCGCGAUCGUACAUAAGAGACGCCCUCGAAUUAGUGCCUAAAUACGAUGGACACAAUAUCGCGGUUUGGCAAUUUGCUCGUGCCUGUAAAAGAGCGAAAGAAUCAGUCCCUCUUCUCGACGAAGCCCAUCUCGUUCGCUCACUAAGAAACAAGUUAACAGGACACGCUUACCUUGCUGUGGAGGAUGAGGUUCACUUAACAAUGGAUAAAUUUUUAGACACCUUGAAGCGCACAUUCGGUUCCGGUAGAACUGCUAAUUAUUACCGCGGUCAACUCAGUAUUAUUCACAAAAAGCCCGCCGAACAUAUACUAGACUACAUCGGGCGUAUCAAAGAUUUGAGAACCGCGAUCAUAGAAGGAGAUCAAACAAAUUUCGAUCGUCAAUUAACGGAAAGCGAAAUAGCUUCCAUCGAUGCCCUUGCGUUAGAAUCUUUUUACGAGGGAUUGCCACGAGAAUAUCGGGUAGAACUUAGAGCCGAAGGCUAUACUAAUUUUGCAGACGCUUGUGCUAAAGUAAUUAUUAUUAGUAAACGAUUGGAGAGAGAGGAGGCUAGGGAAAAGCAAGCGCGUGCUUCGCGUACAAAUCAAAAUCAAGGUAAAAAUGCGGCGAACCCGCAAAGCAAUGAUUUUGGUUCCUCUUCUGGAACUCUAGGUAGCACCGAACAGAAAAUUUGUAGCUAUUGUAAGCGUUUCGGGCACCUGAUUAACGAAUGUCGUACUCGACACCGGCAAUUUUUCGGGAAACCAAACAGAGGCCUCGGCCAACGGGACAUCCCGAGGCCCAGGAAAUCCUCGUCCCAUCCUCACGGUGGAAAACCGCCCUUCUACGUCAUCAGGAAUUACACCGGAGAUAUUCCCUCCGUAGAGGUCGAGUCCUCCUCUUUUCGCGGACCGAUCGCCUUUAUGGUGGACACCGGAGCGCACCCUAAUAUCAUUAAGAAAGGAUGUGUUCACGGUGACAUCACUAUUAACAAUCAAGAGAUUUUACAACUAACAGGCAUAACUGAAAAUGCCGUUAGCACGCUAGGCUCUAUCGCAGCCCAUAUAUUAGAAACUCCAGUAAAAAUUCACGUCGUGCCAGAUGAAUUUCCAAUGACGCAACAAGGUAUUCUAGGCACGUCAUUCUUCAAAGAACACGACGCCUGUAUCGAUUACGCACAAAGAAACCUGACUUGGCGUAAUUGCUAUUUUCCGUUUAAGAAAUAUGAAACUAUUGUCGUACCUCCGCGUACUAACACGGGAUUUGUAGUUCUAAUCUCAAACCCGGAAAUUAAAACAGGGUAUAUUCCUCGUCUAAAAAUUUGCGAAGGAGUAUACGCCGGAGAUUCACUUGUAACUUGUAUUAAUGACAAGGCUUACAUACAAAUAAUUAAUACGCUCGAUCACGAGAUCGAAGUUCUGAUACCUACCCUGCGAAUCGAAGAAGUCGCUCAAAUUGCUGACAAAUUACCGAUCUCUACGGAGAUCGAAAAGACUCCAUUAUUAAACCAGAAUUCUCCUAAAAAUAAAAAUCAUAAAUUAUUACAAUCCUCUGAAAAUAACAUAAUUAAUACUACUACUAAUGCAAACAACUACAUUAACCAAACAAAUGUUCCUAUUAAUACUAAUAGUGAUAACAGUGACGAUACAAAUAACACUGGUGAUAACGCCGCAAACACUAACACUAAUACUAAUAACGAUGAAUCGCUCUCUCUUACCAACCCUCCUAAUUUCUACAAUGCAUCUUUCGAAUGCACUUCUAUUACUCAAAAUACUCUACUCCAUGCAGAAAGCAUGCGAGCCCAGACGGGCCCCUUUCACAAAAAAGAAAGCGCGACUGCCCUCAUGGGACCUUCUUUUUCUCACAAAUCUAGCCCAAGCGGCAUCUACUCUAAUCCUACGCUGGCACCACAGAGUGCACCAGCUCCCUCCCUUGUGCCAUGCAGAGCACUCCCACAAGAAAAAGCGAUUCAUAACAUGAAUAAUAAUCAAGCAAUUUCUAUUAUAAAUACAAAGGAAAUUGCCGUUACUAAAAAUAAAAAAAUUACGCGUAGAAAUAUCGCCAUCACUCAAAGUCGCACGAUAAAACCCAACGAAAAAUUUGAGAAUUCUGAAUUAAACAAAUUUAAAAUAAAUCCUGAUAGAGUAUCUAUAAUAUUACAAUCACUCCGACUUGAACAUUUGACUUCUCUCGAGCAGGAACACAUUGUCACACUAAUUGAAAAUAACUCAGAUAGAUUUUACAUACCUAACGACUAUCUCGGUCAAACUCACGUAGUAACGCAUAAAAUAACGACUACAGAUGAUGUACCAAUACACACAAAACAGUAUCGAUUUCCUCCUAUACAUAAAGAUGAGAUAAAUCGACAAGUAAACCAACUUCGCUCAAACGACAUUAUAGUACCUUCCAACUCUCCAUAUAAUUCACCUGUUUGGAUUGUACCAAAGAAAUCUGAUACAACGGGUAAUAAAAGAUGGCGAAUGGUCAUCGAUUACAGACGGUUAAACGAAAAAACAAUCGGAGACGCGUAUCCGUUACCGAACAUCUGCGAUAUCAUGGACCAACUCGGUGGCUCUAAAUAUAUGUCGAUACUCGAUUUAAUUAGCGGGUUCCACCAGAUACCCAUGGAUCCCGCCGAUGCGCAUAAAACCGCCUUUUCGACACCGCACGGGCAUUAUGAGUUCUCGCGAAUGCCUUUCGGUUUGAAAAACGCCCCAGCCACUUUCCAGAGAUUAAUGGACCAAAUUUUAACUGGCUUACAAGGGGUCGAAUUAUUCGUGUACAUGGACGAUAUCGUGGUAUACGCGAGCUCGUUACAAGAGCAUGAAAUAAAAAUGAAUAAGUUAAUGGACCGUCUGCGAUCCGCAAAUCUAGUACUUCAACCGGAUAAAUGUGAAUUCCUCCGUCGCGAAGUGGCAUAUCUCGGUCACAUAAUUGGAGAAAAUGGCGUACGCCCAGACCCGCAAAAAAUUUCCGCAGUACAGAAUUUUCCAGUUCCAAAGAAUAUAAAGAAUGUUCGUCAAUUCCUUGGAUUAGCCGGCUAUUACCGCCGCUUCAUUCCAAAUUUUUCGAAAAUCGCCAAUCCGCUAUCUAAUUUAUUAAAGAAAGACGUAGCUUUUAAAUGGAACGAUACUACACAAGAAGCGUUUAAUACUCUAAAAGAAUUGUUAUGUAAGGAACCAAUUUUGCAAUAUCCGGAUUUCAACCGCGCAUUUGUCCUUACAACAGACGCAUCAAAUUUCGCUAUCGGUGGAGUACUAAGUCAAGGCGAAAUAGGCCACGACCUUCCGAUCGCCUACGCGUCAAGAGUGUUAAACUCAGCAGAAAAAAAUUAUUCCACCAUUGAAAAGGAACUCCUUGCUAUCACGUACUGCGUAAAUCAUUUUCGUCCAUAUCUUUACGGUAGAAAAUUCACCCUAGUAACUGAUCACCAGCCAUUGACCUGGCUGCAUCGCGUCAAAGACCCUACGUCUAGGCUCGCGCGAUGGCGUUUAAGAUUGGAAGAAUAUGAUUAUGAUAUCGUUUAUAAGAAAGGCACAAGUAACAAUAACGCGGAUGCACUGUCUAGAAAUCCCGUUAUUCCUAAGCCAAUCUUUUAUUCCGUAAUGCCUAUUAGGAAAAAACCGCGAUUUGAGUCACAAACUCACGAAGUUCGCCGCGCAUUAAGUACACUGUUUACUGGCGACAACGAUUCUGAUGAUGAGCGUCCACGAAAAAGGCCUAUAUUAAGGUCUGGCUCCGGUGUGGAAUUGGGCUCUCCCCCGGAUUCUGAAGAAUCGAACGCCUCGCUAAUUAUUUGUGAAGAACCGUCUCACAUUAAACAACCGAUCCCGCUGUCAUCUAAUCGCGAAUUCAGCUUUAACCCAGGGGCAUCAUUUCAAGAAGAGAUGAUCCGCCUCGAACCAUCAGACCAAACGGUCUCACAGCCACUUACGUCUAUACCGUCGCGAUACAAAUUGAGACCGCGAAAGCAGAAAAACAUAAUCGAGAUCUCUAGCGUGGACGAAGACGCGCGAAUUUCAGACUUUGAGGAAACGCCACCUCAACCUGAUAUCCCACCAGAGCCUCCACCUUCCGAUUUCGAACUCUCAGAUAGUGAGCAUGAGCAUGAACCAGAUCUUGAAUCAUUACCUAUUUCUAACGCCCUGUGUAAAAUUCUAGACAAUCCGUCAUCAUUGCUCGAAAGAAACGAUCAUCUCGUUGUAUUAACCACUGUUGAUACGCGACCUUUUGAUAAUGGAGCAAUUGAACUCCACGAUGCAGAAAAAUUGCCAAUUCUUGACAAUUUGAUGCUCGGAAGAGCCCGCGUCUACUUGCUGAGUCAUUGUAAUGACAAACACGUAAUUAUCUUAGCUGUAAAAGAACGAAAAACCAUUCAGAUGGAUAUUGAAAUUUUAAAAGAAUGUUUCGCUUCGCUUCUCGAUGUAAUCACUGAAUUAAAUUUACAGUCAAUUAGCGUGAGGAAAACUGAAAUAUUAGAUUCCACUCCAUGGAGACUAGUACUCGAAAGUUUAACAACUGCGGUAGCAGAACAACCUAUCAUUAUUAAUAUUUGUCACGGCUUAACUACUCCUUUAGUAGAAGAUAGAAUUAACAUAAUAAAAGAACACCAUGAAUCAGCAAUUGGUGGACAUAAAGGCAUCACUAAAACUUACAGACUUAUUAGAAAACGUUAUUUUUGGCCCGAUAUGAAAAAUCAAAUUCAAAAUUUCGUUAAACAAUGCCUUACUUGCCAAACACGAAAACUUGUUAGACAAAAAACGAGACAACCAAUGAUGCUGACCGAUACACCUGGUCAAGCAUUCGACAAAGUCGCUCUUGAUAUUGUAGGACCUCUUAAAACCACUGAUUCAGGCAAUACUUAUAUCCUAACAAUGCAAGACCUAUUGACUAAAUAUUCUGUCUAUGCACCUCUGUCAAGUAUUAGCGCCGAAGCAACAGCUACAGCCUUUAUCAAUUAUUUUAUCUGCCGAUUUGGUUGUCCACGCAGUAUUCUAACAGACCAAGGCCGUAACUUUAUGAGUCAAGUAAUGAAAAGUAUUACUAAAAAGUUUCGAAUCCAGCAUUUCAGAACCACCGCGUAUUAUCCUCAAUCUAACGGAUCGCUCGAAAGAUCACAUUCCGUGCUAAUUGAGUACUUAAAAUGCUUUGUACAAAAAGAAAAUGAAUGGGAUAUACAUAUUGAAAGAGCUAGUUUCUCGUACAAUACCUCUGUGCACGAAGGUACUGGGUAUACCCCACACGAAUUAAUUUUUGGUACACCAGCACGAAUCCCAUCUAGCUAUAAUACUGAGCCUGCUCAAGAAACUUAUUCCCACCAACUUAACAAUUUAUUUCACGAGAUUCAAGGAUUACAACAGAAAGCUAAAUUAAACUUAGAAAGAGCUAAGCAAAAAUCCAAGCAAAAUUACGACAAACGCGUUAAACCAGUAAUUUUUCAAUCUGGUGACAAUGUCUUCCUGCUAAACGAUGUAAAAACGAGCAAAUUCACUUCUGAAUAUCUUGGGCCUUAUCGGGUACUGGAAGUGAUGGAUCGAAAUGUAACCCUUGAGAUAAGAGGCACUACUCGGAUAGUGCACUCUAAUAAGCUAAAAAAGGCUUAUUUAAGCGAAUCAGGAUGACCAACCUUUAUGUUACAGAUGAUUUCUAUAAUUUCCACGGUGAUCAUCCUGAUCAGUCCUAUCGAUGCACUCAUGGGUUAUGAUUGCAAUGGGCCUCACCCAAAUGGCACUCUCGUCUCACUACUCGAAAUGGACGAUUGUAAUACGCCCGAGGGGAGGAUCAUACUCCAUGGAAUAAACAUCGACUUAAUCCAACUACCUAAAGACGCUAAUGUUAGCGUACUAUCUUGCAGAAUAGAGUCAGAAAACGUCAUCUAUGACAGUAGAAGUCUACAAUAUAAUAAUCCCAUCAAAACACACAGAUCUUAUCUACCGAUUAACUUACACGAAUGCAUUCACAUGCAUAAUUAUAAACAAGUCACAAUUAAAAAUGUUACCUUUAAUGAUUUAAAAUUAAACGUCGUCAACAGCAGAUUGCUACCCAUUGGCAAUGCUUCCACUCCACUGUCACAGAUAGCUAAAAAUUUAACAGACAUCAUUACUAAAAAUUAUUUACAUAUAUCAUUCAAGCAAAAUUAUAUUAAGGUAAAUACAUUGAAAGAUAAAAUAAUCUUACCUGGCGGUACUUGUAAAUACACGGGAUUGCAUUGCAUCGACGAAGACGGAUACCAUAAUUAUUGGUCACCUAUAUUCCAUUCGGGAUGUAACUCUGCUGCACACACUAUUAAAUAUCGCGGUGUAGUGAAGAAAAUAAAAUCUGACAAAAAUCCCACUGCUUAUUCAUUGAUAUAUAAAAAUAAUAAUAUCAUUAUAUUCGCUAGCACUCCGCAUAGCGUAUGCAAUGCAACUCUGUUACAGACAGAGCAUCCGCGCUUGCUCAUCAAGGAAUUAGAGAAAAUCCCAAGCGAAACCCCGCCGUUAAAUCAGUUACGUCAUAUGAUAGAUUCCGUAUCCCCAUAUUAUCAUGUCUUUAACUAUAUCGAGACUGAUACUAGACAGCUAUAUUCGGAAUUAUUGUUAAUUAAAUGUACAAACAGAAGACCCGAAUUACAAAUUGUAAUGCAAACUGCACAUCUGGACACAAAUCAGUUGGCCUACAUCCUGACUGGCGGACCAGGGUAUUCCGCCCGCAUUCGAGGGGAAGCUGCCGAAAUCCUUCCGUGCAUUCCGGUGCCAGUACAGGAGAGGGCAACUGAAAACUGUUUUCUCGAACUACCAAUCUUAGUUGGUGGCGAACCAAAAUACUUGACACCAAGAAAUCGAAUAAUUUCAUCUACUGGUACGGAGAUCGCUUGCGGACCAAACACAGCAGCCAUAUUCCGACUCAGAAAUGUCUGGAUGCAACACCAACCGCAUCCGAAAAAUAUAACUGCGCCUUUCGUGCUCAACCCUUACGAGCACUCAUGGGGAAGUACCCCUGCCAUUAUGUCAGACAGUACGUCAAGCGACAAUGCCACGACUGCACAGCAAGACAGUUUUCCUCGCAAGAUUACAGCCUCUAUCAUACAUGGACUCGUCCGAAUCAUUGGUGCAACAAUCUGCCUAAUUAUAAUAUGGCAAUGCUUCAAACCAAGAAACUCUGCUGCGAGAAUGCCAAAACUCUCGCCAGCCUGCCACAUCGAGGCCAUUAAUUCAAGUCGAUUGCCUCGUUCGGUGUUACUACACAACCGAACCUGCAACUGCACAAUACCUAGUUGCAAGUCAGUUAGAGCUCGCCAAUCCACGACCAGUACUCGGCAAUUCAGUCCCUCUCUGUACAACGAGAUGACAGCAACCUCUAAAUCUUUGACUAAACUGGAGCGGAGGAUUGACGACUGCCUUGAAGGAGGACAAUCAUCCCACUACUGAUCGACAACGACAACGUCAUGUGCAGUUUUGCAAUAAAACCCCGCCCCCCCCCCUACAAAUGUAACCUCGAUUAAUUAAAAUUAAUUGCAAGAAUUAAUUAUAAAAAUUAAGAGGAAACGACCCCUUAAAAUUAUUUACAUUUUAACUGAGACAGCCUAUGUUAUCUAACAACUGGCGACGAUUACAGUAAAACUUUAUAUGUCCAGUGGUGUUAUUCCUACUAUAAACCACAUCUUCUAAAAAUCCCACCAUAAUAACUGGUGCCAAUAACAGUCAUUAACUGGUCUCAAGCUAUUAAUUUUAGGGAGUCUUUUUCCCCUUGAUCGCCUUAUGCGUUUAAAUUUUUGAAUUAUAAUGCUUCAGAAUCAAUUUAAAAUUCGCCACUGUCUUAUUAACGAGAGUCUCCUUUUCUUUUUUUCUCCGAAAUAACAAUCGACGAUAACUCGUAGUAAAAUCCUGACGUCUCUCAUUUCCAUCGACUUAAUUGGAGUCUCUCCUUUCUAACAACAACUGGUGAAGCUAAGGGAAAUGAUUAUUGCCGAUCAAAGCGAUAUAGUACCCCAAUACCCCACCGCAAUAAUCAUUGCGACCUAUCGUUGCGAGAUCACUCUUCUAAUAUCUUUCAACGUAUUUACAAAAAGAAAAUACAAAAAGAAAAAAAAUACACAUAAUAUAAAAAAA